CCAAGUUUAAUUGGGUUUUGGCUGGAAAAGGAAGGGGUUCCAACUUCUCCAUCUGCGUUUAAAUUCGCGAUCACUACGCCUCUCCAUAAGCAAACAUCAAAGCUUUCAUUGUCCGAGGGUUUUGGAUUGAUUAUACGAAGAAGAAGCAGACGCAGUUCUGCGACCUGCACCCGAUCGUCUUCUUUCCUUCAAGGUAGCUUGGUGAGCAAUUUAGCAUUCAUAGACCAUUCUUACAUAUCUCAAGAAGUGGUCAAAACAGCAGCAGCAGACAGUAAAAGAAGAGGAUUGCAAGUCUCUUACCAUUUAUCAUGCGGUCUUUUGAAAAACUAGCAGGGGCAAGUCUGUUUGAAGCAUCGAAUUUUGAGAUGAAAGCCAAGAAUCAGGACACAUCGGUUAGAAAAGAACAGAAGACUCUGGACAACCUCAUUAGACAAACCAUUGGAAAGGAUUCUCUUUUAUCAUUUCCACGGUCAGGAGAAAAUCCUGCCCAAUUGAUUCACCUUCUUCAUGCCUUCGAGCAACAGAGUGGGAACAAGUUUUCAAAAGGCUCAACAGUUGAGCAUGGAAUGGAUUCAAAAGAUUUCACACAAGAGCAGAAUGGAGUUGCUACUCCAUUUUCAACAGAAACAAGUACUAUAAAGGAGUCACUACAUAGUAAUCCAAAGGAAUCAAGAUCAUUUGGAAACAGCCAGCAGAAUCCAAUGGAGCAUAUGUCUUCCCUCAAGUUCCCGGAGGCUGUUGUUGCUAUUGCCCAGGCUGCUGCAAAGGUCAAUGGUGAGCCUGAAAAAUAUCUUCCUGGAUGGCCAUUAUUAUCUAAGGUGCAAAUGCUUAAAUGCGAGAAAUGCUCACGGGAGUUUGUUUCUCCUCUUAAUCAUCGUAGACAUAUACGAGUGCAUCGUCGCCUUCUAAACCUGGAAAAGGGUGACUCACGGAAAAAAAGGGCAGAUUUAGCUGAGUUUUGGGACAGACUUUCUGUGGAUGACGCAAGACAAAUUCUGUCACUUAAGAACGUAAUGCUGGAGGAAGUAUCUGGUUCGUCUAUUAUUAAGGAUAUGACAUCAUUUAUUCGCAAACCUGGUCGUCUAUUGCCACAGUUCUAUGUCAAAGCUGGGGCUGCUCUCCUGGAUGUGGCUCAAAUGAAGUCUUCUAGAUUUCCACUUUCGGCUGCUGAUCUAUUUAGUAUACUAGAUGAUGCAAGUGAGAAAACUUUUUUAUCUCCGGGUACAGCUCUUUCCGUGCAAAAAUUUGUAUUUGCUGGAGAAGCAGGGAAUGCUAUUCUUGAAGUCAGGAACCUGGUGGCCUCCAUGGGGUUCUUGGUUGAGCAGAAACUUGUAAAAGCCUGGCUUCUUGACAAGGAUGUAGAGGCUCUUCGGUGUCAAAAAUUGCUUGUUGAGGAAGAGGAAGCUGCUGAAAAAAGGCGAGCAGAACAACUUGAAAGGAAACGCCUUAAGAAAUUAAGGCAGAAAGAGUUGAAAGAAAAAGAGCAGGUGAUUAAUGUGGAAAUUGUGUAUAUUCCAACAAGUUCUCCAGAGGUUGAAGCAGGAGGAUCUCUUACUGCAAUAUCAAGUUCUUCCAGCACAUUAUCUGAAGAUGCAUCUCCUAGACAGAUUCCAGCCGCAAGCUGUGCAGAUUAUUACAAUGAUACAACGGUUGCUAGAGAAAAUGACUUAAUGUCUAAUGCAGAUCAUAUAGGGCCUCCUGAUAUGAAUUUAGAAUCCAGAGUUUCUCUGGAUUCCGCAACAGGAGUUCCAGUAGAUCCAGAGUUGGAUUAUGCCAAUCAGCAGGGAAAAUGGCAGGAUAAAGCUUGUACUAAUGUUAAUUUUGUGAGGAGUGGGAGAGAAAGGAAAAGUUCUAUGGAAACAGAUCUGGUUCUCUCUCAGAAGUAUGUUUCUGGAUGUAAAAACCAACAAACCUUUCUGAAGAGAACGAAGAAAUCUUCCAAUGCUUCAUCAUCUUGGCAGGUCUCUUCUUCAAAUGGGGUCUUAAUUUCUGAUUCAGUAUCAGGCCAGAGGUUUGGUAGUAGCAACAAAUCACUGGCCCAGCGAAACUCCUUAGGAGGUAAUGUGUACCGAAUUUGGACAAAAAAAGUUCAUCAGAUGCCUAUGGAAAACAUCAACAUAGCUUCUAAAACUGAAGAUAGACCAAAAGAUGGUGCAGAUGCUGCUUGUGAGGUGAAACUGGGUGAUUCCCUUAAGUCUUCAUCUGAUUUUUCAGACAGUGGGCUAACUUGUGAGAGCACUUUAAUGACAGUGCAGGAAGACUCUGGUAUUAUGGCUGUUGAAACAAGUACAAUAUCUGAUGUGAAUGAUGCACAAAUAACUCCUAUUCUGAAUGAUGAUAGUGUUACUAGCCAUUGUACAAAUCCAGAAGUCACUGGUGGUGAACUGUUGAUUGGGUCAAUGUCUCUAUGUCUUGAUAGUUUUCCAAAUGGAGUAUCAAAGCCAAGGCAAGUCUAUAAGAAAGGCAUUCUAUCGGAGGAAUGUGAAUGCAGUGCUGAUGGGAAGGGCUAUAAUUCAAUUUGUAAUUGCUUUGACAGUUAUACUGAAUGUACAAGUGCUUCGAGUACUGCUAGACCAUUGCAGUUAAGAGUGAUAAAUAGUUCCACUGCUAAAUCUCACAGAGCUUGUGCCGAUUCACCGAGUGGCAGGGAUUGUCUUGGACAUCCACCUAAGCAGACUGGUCAAGGAAUGUUUGGCAAGCAGGAACUUAGGCAGGAUGGGAUUAGUAAGCCUGGGACAAAGAUUUGGCGACCUAUUAGCAAUGCUACAGACUGUAGAGGGGAAGAAGGUAUAACAGACUCUAUUAUGAACAGUGUUCAAAUAGAAGACUUAAUGAUUGAUUCCCAAGGAAGCGCUGCAAUCAAUGCAAGUGCUCACUUCCCUUUGAAACAUGAGAACUCAAGACAUCUGAUUUGUACUCAAAAUGGAGACAGUUGCUUUGCUGAUUCUGAAUCUGAACCAAAAAUUGAUGCUCAUCAAAAUGAAAAACAAUUUGGAGAAACUGUUGAUAGAACCUUAAGAAAUGAAAACAAACUUCAGCUUUUAGACACCACAAAGGAAGGAAAUGAAUGCUUUAGUAGGAACCAGAAUGAAAUUGUUGAAACUGUUGACCAGCGUGAAACUAAUUUUGGAUCAGCUUGUGAUGCAGCAGCAGCUUUCCUUUCUCGAAGAUGGGAAGUUGCAGUUAUGAGCAGUGAAGCGGAGGUUCUAGAAUGCUUGGAUUCUAGUGCAGUUGAAGGGAAUUUCAGUGUGUCUUCUGUAGGUUCUGAAAGUGGUCGCUUGAUUUCUGGAACAGACUCAGAAACCAAUUAUGUCUCAGGUGCAAGUUUUCAGUCUAAAGAUGGAAGUGACAGUUCAAAUGCUUUUCAGGGAAGGCAAAAAUCAUUUGAUUGUGGCUUUGGAGUUUUUACUGGUGGAUCUUCAAGUUCACACUAUUCACAGGUAGCAGAGAUUCUGGAAAUAGAAAGUAAGGGUGAUUUUAUUAAACCAUCUGCAUUAAAGCCAGAAAUAGAGCAUCUGAAAUACAUGCCAAGGCAAAGAAAUUGAGAAUGUGAUGAAACUGUCACUGUUUGAUGUAUUUCUCAUGUGCCCAAGGGCUCCAACAACGGAUGUGCUUGGAUAGCUUUGAUUUAGUCCAUUUUGGAGUUAUUGUUGCAGAAUACUCUAUGCUAUUGGGUGGAACUCAAGGCUGCAUUUCAGUUCUGCUUCGUGUAUUGGGGCUAUGUAAGCCUCAAAUUUAGAUUCCAUUCAUCAGAAUGAAGGCUUGUCUGCCUGUCAAACCUGUAAUGGAUGUUGGAUGCAACGGCUUGUAUAAAAUUGAAAGUGAAUGAGAAUUUAAAUUUGUUCAUCUUGA